GGAGGAGUUUGCAGCCAUUAUAGGUGUUUAGGGAGAAGGGAGAUCACUGGCAAAUCCUCAGUCAAGGAUCAGAGCUCUGAGAGUCUCCAUGUCUGACAGCUGAGAGAGGUCUGGGGGAAUUUAUAUUUUGAAGUGAACUUGGAUUUAUCCCUGGAUUUUGGUGCAUUGGUCUGAUUAGACUCAGGAGCCAGGAUGCUGUGGAAGCUUGCAGAUAAUGUUAAAUAUGAAGAGGAAUGCGAGGACAGACACGAUGGAUCAAGCAAUGGUAACCCAAGGUUGCCCCAUUUAUCAGCCGUGAGUCAACACCUGUAUAGCCCAGGUCCCCCUCUGCCGCAUUCGGGAACAUCAGACUUCCAACCUCCAUAUUUUCCACCUCCAUACCAGCCUCUACAAUACCCUCAAUCUAAUGACCCCUAUUCCCACCUCGGAGAUCCCUUUUCAUCCAUUAACCCUAUCCACCCACCGACCACUAACCAACAGCAGGCAUGGCCCAGCAGACAGAAUCAAGACCACACUGGGAUUUCCCAUCACUCCAGACAUGGCCUUGUCCACCACAUACCUUCUCUGGAUUCCGGGUUAGCGAGACCAGGCAGAGACUCCUACAGAAGACCUGACAUUCUUCUACAGCAUGGACAUGGCUUGGAUCCUUCAAAUCUGGAUAACUUGGGGCUUGCAGAUCUUGGCCAACAGAUGGACGAGGUUGUGUCGAUGGAAGAGCAAAACUUGAUAAUGCACGACCAGACAGUCAUUAAAAAAGGUCCAAUCUCUGUGGGCAAAAACAAUGGACUCAACAUGCCCUAUCAAAAGGACGCACUGCUGGGGAUGGUCAUUAACCCAAAUGAAGUUUUCUGUUCGGUGCCAGGGAGACUUUCCCUCUUGAGCUCCACCUCAAAGUACAAAGUGACCGUGGCAGAGGUCCAGCGACGUCUCUCGCCACCAGAGUGCUUGAAUGCUUCUUUGCUUGGAGGAGUUCUAAGAAGGGCAAAGUCGAAAAAUGGUGGGCGGUCCUUACGGGAAAAACUUGAGAAAAUCGGUCUGAAUCUCCCGGCUGGCAGAAGGAAAGCGGCAAAUGUCACGCUCCUUACUUCACUUGUGGAAGGUGAAGCGAUCCAUCUUGCUCGUGACUUUGGCUACGUGUGCGAGACUGAAUUCCCCUCGAAAGCUGUGGCGGAGUACUUGAGUCGGCCGCACAUAGAACGAAACGAGAUGGCGAAUCGCAAGAACAUGCUCCUCGCGGCAAAGCAAAUCUGCAAAGAAUUCACUGACCUUCUAACACAAGACAGAACUCCUAUCGGAAAUGGCAGACCCAGCCCUAUCCUUGAACCCGGCAUCCAAGGGUGCUUGUCACAUUUUAGCCUAAUAUCGCACGGUUUUGGAAGCGCUGCCAUCUGCGCAGCCAUGACCUCCGUACAAAACUACCUGAAUGAGGCAUUAAAGAUAGCAGACAAAAUGUACAUGAACACUGGUGAGCAAAGUCCAGGUGAAAGCAAAAACCUGGAUAAGAUGGACAAGCACAGAAAAUGAGAACUUGGUUUUACCUCCUCCAUUUUUAAACGUUUUUGAGGCUGGAACAGUUCUUCCCUGACCCCAGAAGCAGAGGUCUUGCAGACAAGUCUUGGAUCCUACAAAAUUCUCCCUCUAAACCUACUAUGGUCCCACGCUAGUUUGUUCCCUCACUGCCACGCGCUCUUGUUGAGAAAGGACUCUUCUGGAACUUGGAUCCUUAACCCCCAUGGGUGGAGAAAAGCCUUCACUUACUGCAGACCUCUAAAGCUCACACAUUUCAUUGUGAUCAUCUUCAGAACCCUCAAGUUUCCUGCAGUGAUAUCAAGGAACACAAGGAAUUCAAUGACUUGAUUAUGUUCCGGUCCUGAAAGAGCUCCUUCUUUUUUUUUUUUUUUUUUUUUUUGCGUGUAUGUAUGGUGGGGAGGAUAAGUGGAUGUGAAAGAGUAUGUGUACCAUUAUAUGUAAUUUUAUGACUGCUGUUUUUAGCAGCUUUCCUAAUUUUUUUUAAAAAAAUCUUAUCAUUAAAACGGUAAAGAUUUUUAUGUAUUUGUAAAAAUGGGUGCCAAUAUAUGAAAUAUACGAUUUGUUUUACAAGAUUUUGUAAAUCAGUUUUAUUUUUGGCCUCUCUAUGAACACUCUUUCCCUCAGUCUAAGAUAUGGAUUCAUAUUAUUAUUUUUUUAUAAAUUCCGUAAAUUUUCUCCAACCAUUGUUCAAAUGCACUUGGUGGAUUACAAAAUCAUCUUAAAAGAAAAACAACGUUAACGUAUUUAAUUUUGUUCUCAAUGACACUCUUUCGUACAAUUUUCAUAGAUGUCAAGGCUAAAUUUUAAUUUUUUUUUUUUUUUUUUUUUUUUUUUUUAAAUUCAGCCCUGAAAACAAAAAUUAAAAUGGAUUCAGAAAAUCUAAAACGAUAUGACCAUAUUUCACCCCCCCCCACACAAAAUGCAAUUUUUAUACAUUUUAGAAUAUUUGAGUUGUUCUAUGAGACCAAGAUUAUUUUCCAGUUUUUGGAAAAUGUAGUUGACACCUGAGUUGGCCUCCUCUUCAGAAGCACAGGCUGUAUCAUUUUCUUCAAUGUCAAAGUUUGUAGUUUUCAUAAUGGUUUAUGCAAAGAGUUUUUUUUGUCUCGGAGACCGAAAAUGUUCCUAAUUAGUUACCCGUAAUGCAGAUGUUUUCAAUAGAGCAGUUUUUUAAACCUAGAUAUAUAAUGUCACCCUAUGAGACCUUUAAUCCUACUUCUUAUUUGGUCUCCAAAUUUUUUUACAAAUAAGUGUCUUCUUGGCUCCAUCAUUGCAUGAAGGGACUCCAUGUAACCCAAGUUCUGUACUCGUGAGUGUUUUAGGUCCAGAGAUAAGGGAAAACUAUUCCAUUUCUUUUUAAAUGUACAUAUUUUUUUUUUUUUAUUUAUAUGUAAUUUAAAGGGUUUUGUACAUAAGGGUGAAAAACAUAGAAAAAUUGGGUUAACGGGGAGUUUUCUUUUCUAAGUCUUGUACACCGAGAUAAAAAUAGCAUUUAAUAAAAAGGCAACAAAAAAUAAAAAACUACAAAUCUUCAACCUCC